GGCCGGCCGGCGUGCGCGCUCCCUCCCUCUUGCUCGCCCGGCCUUGGGCGUACGUAAGCCCCGCCCUCCGCUCCGCUGUUCAGUCAGUCAGUCAGGCCUGGUGGCGCGGCCUGCCUGUGUGAGAGGGAGGAGAACCGGGCGCGUUGCCUGAGGGGCGAAGCUGAGGAAGGGCAUGAAGCCGGGUUUAACCACUGACGCCUACCUCGACCCGUGAGGAGGCCCGCCCGAGAGCGGCGCCGCUGCUGCUUCUAUCAGCCGCCCUCCUCCUCCUCUCUCUCCUCUGCCACCCACCCACCGCCCAACUCGGCCGCCGCCUGGGCCGCCAUUUUGUACCUCCCGUCCCCCCUCCCUUUGCCGGCCCGGCCCGUGUGGAGUGUCUCGUGUUGACGGAGGAGGGGGCUCGGAGAAACGGGAGGCGGCGGCGGCGGCGGGAGCAGCAGCGGCGGGGAGGCCUUUUGAGGCGGAGCCUGGCGAGGGAGGGGCGCACGGCGCGGGGGGGCCCCCAUGGCGAAGAAAACCUACGACCUGCUCUUCAAGCUGCUAUUGAUCGGCGACUCGGGCGUCGGCAAGACCUGCGUGCUCUUCCGUUUCUCCGACGAUGCCUUCAACACCACCUUCAUCUCCACCAUCGGGAUAGAUUUCAAGAUCAAAACAGUUGAAUUGCAAGGAAAGAAGAUCAAGCUACAGAUAUGGGACACAGCAGGGCAGGAGCGGUUUCACACCAUCACCACCUCCUACUACAGGGGUGCCAUGGGAAUCAUGCUAGUGUAUGACAUCACCAAUGCCAAAAGCUUUGAAAACAUCAGCAAAUGGCUCAGAAACAUAGAUGAGCAUGCCAAUGAAGAUGUGGAGAGGAUGCUGCUAGGAAACAAAUGUGACAUGGAAGACAAGAGGGUGGUACCAAAAGCAAAAGGCGAGCAGAUUUCAAGGGAGCACGGGAUUAGGUUUUUCGAAACUAGUGCAAAAGCAAAUAUAAACAUUGAGAAGGCAUUCCUCACGUUAGCAGAAGACAUUCUUCGAAAGACCCCUGUAAAAGAGCCCAACAGUGAAAAUGUAGAUAUCAGCAGUGGCGGAGGAGUGACAGGCUGGAAGAGCAAGUGCUGCUGAAUGUGUUCCCCUCACCAAGCGCCAUCCACCGCCCCUCCUCUUCUUGCUGCGGAGUAAACCACUUUGCCCAUUUUAACCUUAAAUAUUUUUUUUUUGUUCCUCAUCUUAACACAGCUCCCUUAUUUUUCUUCUGUUUUAGGAGAGCUCGCUGACUAUAAUGUUCUUGAAACAAACUGUAUUAAAAAGAAAAUCAUGUCUGAAUUCUUUUUUUUCCCUUUUUCUUUUUUUAAAUGUACCAGCUCCAACUCAGCAUCACGUUCUGGUUGUAUUAUAGUUCGGUCUUAACAUUAAAAACUUAGAGCAAUCAUUUCAGCUCCAGCCUGCAAAUUGUACGAGAAUAAAACUUUAGCAUUAACGGUUUCUUUUGUACAACAGUGGGGUUUUUGUUAUGAAUAAUGUGCUUGAGUCACUAUAUUUGCAUCAGUUAAAAAAAAAUCAUUCGCCUUGAGUAUGUAAAUGGGGUUUAUUUUGUCCUGUGCCUUAUGUGGAAAGGAACUUUGGUUCUCCCCCCACCCCCCCUUCCUUAUUCUGGUUUAAAUACAAGCAGGAGAUUUACUAUCCAUAAUUUAUCAUGCCACAUUUCAAAAAAAAAAAAAGGAAAUUAAACUCUCUUGCCAUGACUUUACUGUGGUUGAUGUAGUGAACUGAGGACAAAGGGGUUAGAGCAAGAUAUUCCAACCUGCUUGGUGUCUCCUUUUUCCUAGGAGGCUUAAUCUCUGACCAGUAUCUGCUGCCAUUUUCUUUCUCACUAGCAGUUUUUCUCCCCCCCCUUUUUUUCUUUUGUUGCCUGCAUGCCAGUUUUGUGGGUUUUUUUUUUAAUGGUGUGAUGUGUUAUGAGACAGCAGUACAGUAUGUAUGCCCAAUUAAAUACAAAGCACUGAUCUAGCUUUCUGAGGUAAAAAAAUAAGUAUCUAAUCUUUGUCUAGCAACUGUCAGACCAACUACUACGCCUUCCCCUCCCCUCCCACGUAGUCAUUGGGGUCUAUGGUAAUGGAAGCAGUAAUUGCAUGCAUUAGUUUUUCUAUGGAGGAUGAUGUGGCUGUCUUUUCUUCGUGUAUGCCAUGUGGUUCCCAAAUCAGCAACCAUUAAAUAAAUAUGAAUUUGGUUCUCUUGUUUGCUGUUCCAGGCAGAUGACUUGGUAGCCUAGGAAAUAUUUAAAAUUUGGGCGGGGGGAAUGGGUAAGAUGAUCACUGCCCCCAUAAUGCUCUCCUUCUGUGUUAAGUUCUUCAUAAUAAUAAAAAAAAUCCCUUGUUUACAACCAUGGACAAUUGUUAAUUCUUUCAAUGGAUACUGAUGAAUGGUAAGCAACCCCCCCCCCAACCCUAGUAUUUUUUGAGGGGGUUAGACAGAUAAGCUUCAUCUGAUUGGGGGGGGGGGGCUUGGGUACGUGACUGGCUUUUCCAGCUUGUGUUUUGACUCUCCUCUCAUCAGUGAGAUACCUGCUUUGAAACAAGGGACUGGGCUUAUUCAUUUCUUGCAGAGCUGAGGUCGGACAAGGGACUGUUACUCUUGAGGCUCAAGCUGAAAUUGUGUACUUUGCUGGGACAGCGUUCUUCCUACCACUUGGCUUGCCUACACAUGCCCCGGGGAGGACUCAUGCAACAAAGUGUUCCUGCAGAGAUUUUCUCCACUCACUCCCCUUUUAAGAAAACAUGCUCUAGAUAUAAGCUUGAGGUGGACCUUUUUGCACUUAUUUUUAGGAAAGGUCCUCUGUGCUAAUUACAACAGCCAGUGAUGCUGAAUGAAUUUUCAUAAAAGGAAAGUGUUGAGAACUUUAGCCUUGAUCUGGUGUCACAGGUGUAGUAAUGCUCCCCCUCCUUUUCUUUUGUGCUUUGGCAGUCUGUCUUUCUGUGCUUGUUUAACCUUUCCCAGCUGAGUGGCUGUUAAAGCAAGGGCAAAACCCCUGCGACUGAGGUGACAAAAGUUUUGUUCCUCCCGUAUUGAUGUACUGGUUAGCAUUGUAAAUAGAAAUUCCUACCUUUUCAGAUCUGCACUUUCUGACAUUAUCAAAAAAAGGGAAUAUGGAGUAUGCAUCAUUUUUUUUUGUAUAAUCAUUGUUUAAAACAUGCACUUAUUUGCUUCCUGGGGUUUGGCCCUCCUGUUUCUCUUUGAGAUCCUUUGUAAAAACUGUGUUCAUUAAGCACCAAACAGUUAAAAAAAACAAAAACAGUCCACUCUCUGGUACUA